GAAAGUGGUGGAAAGAGCCAGCAGGGUGCACCUGCACACCCUGUCCCUCUGCUAGGAUGUUCCUCAUGAACGCCCCUCCAGUGGUCCCGCUCCAGUCUAGGUGGGAGGCCUUUGGCCCGCCUGGAGGAUUCCAGUUCCCCACCCGAGCCUCGGUCAGCGCUGGAGUGCGCAUGAUCAUCAGCUCGCUGCCACGUGAGGAGCCUCUGCGGGGCAUGAGCGAUGGGCGUGCCACGCAGAGGGACCAGCGAGCAGAGCCAGGGCUGGGGGCCGGCCCUGCCAUGCACAGGGAGCAGCCUGUGUUUGUUACCUGUGGCCUUGCUGCUGACGGUGGCCCUCUGGGGCGGGAGGAAGCGGUGCACCUUGACCCCUCGGUGCUGGACUCGGACAGCGAUGACUCCGUCGACCGGGGCAUCGAGGAGGCCAUCCAGGAGUACCUGAGGGCCAAGAGCGGGGCUUCUCAGCCCAGCCCCUCAGCACCUCCUCCCUGGCCCGCCCCGCCUCCCCUCAGCCCUCCCACACGGGCCCCCAGCUCUGUCAGCACCCCUGGCAGCUCUGCGGGGGCCGGCCAGGGUUCCACCUCUCCAGGCAGCGUGAGCAGUGAGGACUCCUUCGAGCAGAGCAUCCGGGCAGAAAUCGAGCAGUUUCUGCAUGACAAGAGACAACACGAGAACAAAAAAGGUGUGGGGCCUGUAGAUGGGAACACAGAGCCCGGUGACAGUGCUGCCACCAGACUUAAACCCUGCAGGGAGCCUCCCCCCAGGACGGCGCCCAGGCAGGACCCCGCAGGAGCCUACAAGGAGUUUGUCUUCCGGAAGCAUCCCCGGUUGGCGAAGGCGAACGCUCAGCCCAAGGCCGAGGAGCCUGACAGCCCCAGCCGCACGAGGCUGGCCGUGCCCAGGCCAGAGGCGGCACAGCAGCGGGGCAGGGCCAGGAGGAACGCCAGUGCUGCCCGCAGAGGCAGGCGACUGCGGAGUGUGGCCUCUGUGCCAGAGGCCUCGGACUCUAGCAGCGAUGAUGGCAUUGAGGAGGCCAUCCAGCUGUACCAGCUGGAGAAGACCAGGAAGGAAGCCAGCGGGGACCCACCGCCCAGAGCCCCUCUCAGAGAGGAGAGGGGGCCCAACACCCCUGCCAGCGGUGUGGGCAGCACCCUGCCGAGUCCGGUGCUGGAGGCCCACGGGAGGACCCCAAGCAAGAAAAAGCCAGCAGCCCCCAAGGCCGUCGGUGUGCCGGGGGGGCUUGACCCCGAUCACCCCUCCAAAGCCCCUGUACCUCCAGGACACGCAGCCAGCAGGAGCGAGUCUGCAGAGCAGGCCCCGUGCCAGGCGGAGGCAUCCGCCGAGCUGAUGUGUGCAGAGGCGAUCCUGGACAUCUCCAAGACCAUCCUGCCGGCUUUCGGGCAGGGCGGCGACCCGCUUUUCCCCAGGGGCCCACUCUUCUGUGCCCCAGCCACCCCGGCCCACUCUGGUGGCGACAGCAGCGCAGUGGACAGCGACGACAGCAUAGAGCAGGAGAUCCGGACGUUUCUGGCUCUCAAGGCACAGGUGGGGAAUCCACAGCCUGCCCAGCACCCGCCGUCACCACCGGGCCCCAGAGCCCGGGCUGGCCCCACCACAACCCUUCUCUCUAAACCACCUGAGCAGCCUGGAGGCUGCAAAAGGAAGCGGAGAGGUGGAGGGGGCAGUGCCCCAAGGCCAACCACACCCAAGAAAACCAGGGACCCGGUAGACAGUGCCCAGAGUGGCAGCCAUAGCCAGACGGUGGUUGAGCCUGGCUGCGAAGGGCAGGACUCGGCCAGCCAGGCCAAAGCCAGCAAGGCCCCAGCAGGGCAGAACGAGGCCAAGAGCCAGUCUGUCCCCUCCAGGACAGUUGGGCUCAUUGAUUCGCAUGCGGCUCCAGGCUUCGGGAACACCAGGAAGGCAGACAAGGGUGGAAGCGUCAGAGAGAAAGAGAGUUCUGAGGACAAGAGUAGCUCACUAGACAGUGAUGAGGACCUGGACACGGCCAUCAAGGACCUGUUACGAUCCAAGCAGAAGUUGAAGAAGAGGUGGAGGGACCCCCAGGCUGUGGGCAAGAAGAAGGUCAGGUUUAGCACCACGGAGACGCAUUUUGUGGAUAAGCAUUGUGGGCUCCCCAGAGACUGGGCAGACGGGAGCCCACAGGUGCUGAGGAGCUGUCUGUCCAGGUCCAGAGGCCCCAGCGGGGCAGGUCUGGGGGCUCCAAUGUCACGAGCCUUCAGCAGCACAGCAGAGAGAACCAAGGCUGGCGGCUCGGGGGCCAAGGCUGCAGCGCUGGCUUUCCAGACAGGAAGGACCCCCCACAGGACCAUGCCUUCCUGGGACAUGGAAGCCAGCCUCGGCCCUCCCUCAGCCUCCAACCCCAGCUCCCUGUCCGAGGACAGCUCAGUGGACAGUGACGAUAGCAUCGAGCUGGAGAUCAGGAAGUUUUUGGCAGAAAAGGCCAAGGAGUGUGUGAGCACUUGCGUUCAGCCAGGGAGUCAUGCUGCUCUGGGACCAGGGGGCCUGGCCAGGCCAGAGGUGCUAUGCAGGAAAGAGCCGGCACCGCAGCCUGGGAUACGAACCCGGAGCCAGAGAGCCAGGGCGGGCCCUCUGCUGACUGCAGGAGGCUGGGGCAUGGAGCGGGCUGGGGCAGAGAGUGCUGCCAGCCUAGGUGUCCAGGGUGGAAAGGGAGCCUCGCAUGCAGAGCAAGCCGCCCGCCCACCGGCUGCCCUGGGCAGAUGUGAGGCAGCACUGCCCAGGGGUGGCAGUGGGAACGCCUCUGCCAAGACGCCUUCCGGGGGCAAGAGGAACACUGGUGACCACAGAGACCAGAGCCCGCGAGGGGCCGAGCCGGCCGCUGCCGAAAGUGCUUUCGGCCAGCUGCCUAGCUGUGCCAGAAUGACCACCGAGGCUGCGGGCACCGGGAGCAUCUUUCACCUGAACUAUGGCAGCGGGACGUUGCUGACCCCCAGCCCAGGACCCCAGGCUGACCUCACCCUCCCCUGGAGUGACUUUGCCCACCAGAGCAGGCUUUCCAGCCCCUGGACACUGAGCGCAGAAGGUCGGGGCUCCCCGUGGACAGGUGACCCCGGGAGCUUGAAAGGGAAGGGGGCGGAGGGGCCCACGAGGGGCCGGAGUGGCUGCACCCCGGGCCCCCGGAGGAGCCUGCCCUUCGCCAGCUUCCCUCCUCGGCUCUCCACCCAGAUGGUCCACUUUGGGAAGAGCAUUUCCUGGGGGGGCAGGCAGGCCGGCCUCUUCAGUCCCCACCUGGGCCUGCCUCUGCAGAGCCCAGCCUUCUCGGCCUUCAGGGAGACCCAGGUCGGCCACAGCCCUGUGUUUGGGAGCCCGUACUUGCUCAUGAAGGACAGCGGGCCCCGGCCAAACAGGAGGGCACAGGGAGAGCUCCGCCUGCACUGCAGAAGCCUGGGCUCCGGGGAGGACAUCUCAGACCUGAGGUACGGCCACCUCGCGGGCGACGGGGACCAGCAGGACCUGGAGGCCCUGGGCAGCGAUGCCAGUGAGUACAGCGACACCUGGCACUGGCGGAGGCGCAGUGGUAAAGGGCAAAGCCCUCAAGCUGUGAUGGGAGCCCCGGAUCUUGUCACUUCGGUAGGAAGCGGUGCGGUGGUAAAGGGCAAAGCCCUCAAGCUGUGAUGGGAGCCCCGGAUCUUGUCACUUCGGUAGGAAGCGGCGCGGUGGUAAAGGGCAAAGCCCUCAAGCUGUGAUGGGAGCCCCAGAUCUUGUCACUUCGGUGGGAAGCGGCACCACCAUGUGCGUGCGUGUUUGCACAGGUCUGCACCUAGGUGGGAAAGCGGCUGGUGGUGAAAGAGCGGAAACCAGAGAGUCCUUUCUUGUAGCCCCGUGUGUAUGUAUGUUAACUUGAAAUUACGUUUUUAUUUAACAGAUGUGUCCUGAUAAAGAUAGGUUUUGUAGCUUUUUGUAAAUUAUUUCAAGUGUUGUUAAAAAAAAUAUUUUUGGCCAAUACUGUGGUUCCGUUUUGUAGGGCAUCCCUAGCCGCAGGCUUCUGUGGUCUGCUCAGGCGGGGAGGCGGAUGAGCUUUGCUGAUGAGCUUUGGCGCUGUCUUUCCCAGCCACAGCCAGAGGCUUGGGCCAGCGCCUCCUGGCCACCUGCUAGCACACAAGCUGGGGCUUGGGGAAAGUGGCACUGGCCUGCUCGGAGCCUGCCGUCCUGUGCUGUGCCCAGAAGCUGGCAGGAGCUGCAAAGAACCCCAGGUCCCCAGGGGCCUCCGAAGACUGCAGUCACAGCCUGAGAUGAGAGAAAGAUUCAAAGCACAAAGUCCUCUGACCAGCCGUUCUGUCCGGUCCCGUCCGAUCCCGUCCCGUCCUGUCCGGUCCCAUCCCAUCCUGUCAUCCUAAGUGAGGUUGGAGCCUCUGGCUCUGCAGCUCAGCCCUGAGCUGGACCAUGUCCAGUGUUGCCCAGUGUCUAGAGAACUCGAAGAUCUCAAUAAACCUCUUUUUCUAUGAGA